UGACGCAUUAAUUGGUCGCUGCUUAUAACAAUAAUAAGCUGAAUUUUUGUUCAAUUUUAUAAAAUUAAAAUAACAUAAAUAAGGACAUGCAAGCCAGCAGAAGCGUUUGAUUAACUGAGAACAAUUCUUAAGGAUCAGUUAAUAACAGUGUUAAAAGUAAUCACACAACACACACACGCACACAUACACAAACGUAAGUAAGUGCUGACAGGAAACCCGAUCAAGAUAAACGUAAUCAGUUAUUUUUGGUUUCGUAUUGCGUACUUAAAAAUCAAAUAUCUUCAGUUGGCAGCUAAAAAUGCAAAAGUUUUACAAAUUGGAUAUUAAUCGUACGGAAUGGGAAGUGCCGGAAAUAUACCAGCAGUUGCAGGUGGUGGGAUCGGGUGCCUACGGACAGGUGUGUAAGGCAACAGUGCGAGGGAGCAACAUGCAUGUGGCGAUUAAGAAACUCUCCCGUCCCUUUCAAUCGACGGUGCAUGCGAAGCGAACCUAUCGGGAAUUAAUGCUGUUAAAGCAUAUGGAUCAUGAGAAUGUUAUUGGUCUGCUGGACAUAUUUCAUCCACAUUCACCGCAGUCUACACUGGAAGAUUUUCAGCAUGUGUAUCUGGUGACGCAUCUAAUGGAUGCGGAUCUCAAUAAUAUUAUAAAAAUGCAAAAUCUAUCGGAUGAUCAUGUACAAUUCUUGGUGUAUCAAAUACUACGAGGUCUGAAAUAUAUACAUAGUGCCGGGAUCAUACAUCGGGAUUUGAAGCCAUCCAAUAUUGCCGUAAAUGAGGAUUGUGAGUUGCGUAUUUUGGAUUUCGGUUUGGCGCGACCGACGGAGAAUGAGAUGACGGGUUAUGUGGCCACCAGAUGGUAUCGUGCUCCCGAAAUCAUGCUCAACUGGAUGCAUUAUAGUCAGACUGUCGAUAUUUGGUCGGUGGGUUGUAUUAUGGCCGAGCUGAUAACACGUCGUACACUCUUUCCCGGCACCGAUCACAUUCAUCAGCUGAAUCUGAUUAUGGAAAUGCUCGGCACUCCGCCCGAUGAUUUCAUGAAGAAAAUAUCUUCGGAUAAUGCACGCAAUUAUAUACAAUCCCUGCCGCCGAUGAAACGUACAAACUUUAAUGAUAUUUUCAAGAAUGCCAAUCCUCUGGCCGUUGAUCUAUUAGAGAAAAUGCUGGAGUUGGAUGCGGACAAACGUAUUACGGCCGAGCAGGCACUUGCUCAUCCCUAUCUGCAGAAAUACGCCGAUCCAAGCGAUGAACGUAUAUCGCCGCAUUAUGAUCAAAGCUUUGAGGAUAUGAAUAUCUCUGUGGAAAAAUGGAAGGAGCUCGUCUAUAAGGAAGUUAUUAACUUUAAGCCACCUCCGUCCUUUGCCGAAGUACUUCAAGGCAUCAAGUGAUAGGUGAAAAACACAUUCAUGACUGCCAAGUAUUAGCCACAAAACGUUUAUCAAAAACAACAAAUGAAUUUGUUCAAAAAAUU